UUUCCAAGCAAGACAUCCGACAGAAAAUCUGGGAUUUCAUGGAAGCCACUAAUUUAGCCGAUUUCCCAAGACCCGUCCAUCACCGGAUUCCUAACUUCAAGGGGUCUUUCCUGAUGAGCCACUGCGUACAAAAAUGGGAGGUGUUUGAGAAAGCAAGGGAGGUCAAGGUGGACCCUGACAAACCUCUGGAGGGAGUCCGGAUGGCUGUGCUCCAGGCUGGGAAAACCCUCUUGGUGCCAACCCCUCGGCUGCGAACCGGGCUGUUCAACCAGAUUGUCCCUCCCGCAGGGGCAGCCAAAGACACCCUGAGAAAAUGUGCUACCUCGCAGGGUGUCCGGGAUUAUAGCGUGCCUGUGGGGCUGGAUGCAAAUGUGCACGUGGACCUGGUAGUGGUGGGAUCAGUGGCUGUUUCUGAGAAAGGCUGGCGAAUUGGGAAAGGGGAAGGCUUUGCAGACAUGGAAUACGCCAUGAUGGUCUCCAUGGGAGCUGUGAGAGAGGACACGGUAGUCAUCACGGCCGUUCAUGACUGCCAGGUAGUGGACAUACCAGAAGAGCUACUGGGUGACCACGACCUGACCGUGGACUAUAUCCUCACCCCAACCAGGGUGAUCCGGACUGGCUGCGAGCGUCCGAAGCCCCGGGGGAUCCUAUGGCACAUGAUCAGUCACCAAAUGAUGGAGAAAAUCCCCAUCCUGAAGAGCCUUCGUGGCAGAGAGAAACAAGCCGGGAAAGACGUCAUCCUCAAAGAGGAACGGACAGAUGUUCCAGCUGUGGCCGAGCCAGCAAGAGGAGCCAGGGACCCUAGGCUUGAGAGCCCCACGUUGCAGAAUGAGUCCAGCCCAUGCCGAGCGAGCCCUGGGGAGGGGUCCGUGCCCACUUGCUCGGACCGCCUUCGCGAGCCUUCCAGUCUGUUUGUGGGGAACAUCCCUCCGGCGACCAGAGCCAGCGAAUUCAAGGCCAUCCUCAGGGAGCGCCAUGCCACCCCCGCACAGCUCACCUGGCAGGGGGCACAGCACAGAGCUUUCCUUCGCUACCCAGAUCAAGGGGUGGCCGAAGUUGCCUUGGCGGCCUUGCAGGGCCUGAGCCUCCACGGUUGCCCCGUGAGAGUUGAACCUGCCAAGGCCCGGCGCGACAAAAUGGACGGUGGACCCUGA